AUGGAAACAGAAACAAUUCAAGUUCCACGUAGGUCUAUUGGACAUAUUCUAGGCAAACAUCACUCUAAAAUCAAUGAGAUUGAAAGAAAUUCCAAGGCCCAUUGCACACUAAAUAAGAAUAAUAACUCUAUAGUAGUGAAAGGCACGAAUGAGGCCAGAAAGAUAGCCCUUAACUUGAUCAAUGAUUGUGUCUGGAAUAGUAUCGCACCUUAUAAGCAUCCAAGAGAAGCCAUUAUCGCACUUCAACCGCCAUUGAUCAGACUCAAAACUAUACUAUUUUCAAAAUAUGAAGGCAUUAUUGAUAGGAAUAAUAUGAACAAAGUGUAUUUCGUUUUAGAUAAAGGGGAAGAGAUGAACGAAAUAGAUAAAUUAUUUUCAUUCUUCAGAGAUCUGUUUUCAUUAUUUGAAAACCUUAAUAUUAAGCGGACUACAAAUAUCAUUGCUCCUGAAAAAGAUAGAAAAUCAGUGGAACAUAUUGCCAAACGAAUAAUAGAACAAACCACCAAACCAGAUAACCGAUCUCUUGACUUCAAGGUUAGAGUAAAUAUCGGCAAGCAACUCUUUUACCCACCAACUAGAGAAAGUUUUGAUCUUUCAAGAUUGAUUCCUCUCUAUGAUUUCCUUAAAUAUGAGAUCGGUUAUAGAAAAGAUGCUAAAACUACUUUUAUGAAUCAUAUUUCUUUCGAAGUAGCAAAGAUUAUUGAAAAUCGUCUGGUUGAAUUGGAAUAUCAGAAAAGUUCUGAAAUUAUUCAGAGAGCAUCCAUUCAUUUAAUUGAUAUCAAAGCUCGGAAGCGUUUUCUUGUUUCUACAGAUAUUACAUCAGAUGGUAAAUUAAUACCUCGUAAACUUAAAGCUGAAAACAAUAAACUUCUUUACUACUCUUUUGUUAGUCCAAAACCAGCAUUGGAUUUUCACCUCAGAGUUCUUUCACAAGAACCAUCCAGAACAAUAUUACCCAUCGAACUUUAUAAUUCUAUAAAAAAUGCUACCUACGAUCCUGACACAAAAAUUCUUACAUUAAGAAAUCCCCCUAAUUCUAAUUAUCUAUUCACAAUUACACGUAUCAAGACCAGGCGUACUUUUGUUAAAUGCAAAGAUAAAUUUUCAAAUGGUAAUAUUAAAGUAACGAUUUCAGAAGUAUAUCAAGAUGGAAAAAAUGAUAUGCAAGUGGCUAUAACUAGCAAAGCAUUACAUCAAAUUAUUAAAAAAAUGAGUCAAACAGAUAGGAUAGAAGAAAAUUUGAGAUUAAAAUGUGAUAAAGAAAUAGAAAGGUUUAUUAAUGAAGUAAGACUUAUUGUAAAUAAAUUGUACUAUUACAACAAAUAG